AUGCAAAUGGGAAACAGCACGCUGGUAACUGAAUUCAUGCUCACGGGGUUGACGGACAUUCCAGAGCUGCAGAGCCUCCUCUUUGUGAUGAUCCUUGUCUUUUAUACCAUUACCCUAGUGGGUAACCUGGGAAUGAUUACCUUAAUCAGAUUGUGUCCUCAACUCCACACUCCUAUGUACUUUUUCCUCGGCCACUUAUCGAUCCUUGACAUUUGUUAUUCAUCAUCUGUCACCCCUAAGUUCCUAGCUGAUCUCUUAAAAGACAAGAAGCUAAUUUCUUUUGAUGGUUGUUUUACUCAGUUUUACUUUUAUGUUGUGUUUGCCACCACUGAAUGCUAUCUUCUGGCUGUGAUGGCUUAUGACCGCUACGUGGCUAUCUGUAGCCCACUACUGUACUUAGUCACCAUGUCUCUAAGAAAGCGUGUGCACUUAAUAGCUAUUGCCUACACUGCUGGCAUUAUAAAUGCCUUAGUCCAUACAAUUGCUGCUGCUAAACUAUCUUACUGUGGCCCAAAUACCAUUAAUAAUUUUUAUUGUGACGGUCCUCCGCUUUUUGCUCUUUCAUGUUCUGAUAUCAGUCUCAAUGAAAUGUUGAUGUUUGUGUUAGUUGGGUUCAAUCUGAUAGCAACCGUUGUUACCAUUCUCAUCUCUUACACCUUUAUCCUGGCUACUAUUUUAAAGUUCAAAUCUUCCAAGAGCCGGCAGAAAGCUUUCUUCACUUGCACAUCUCACCUCAUGGUCAUUAUCAUUUUCUAUGGUGGUUUUGGCAUUAUGUAUGUGCGGCCUAGCUCUAGGCAAACUCGCAACCUAGACAAAAUAGCCUCCCUAUUUUAUAUAGUGGUUACUCCCAUGCUGAACCCCAUGAUAUAUAGUCUGAGAAACAAUGAGGUAAGGAAUGCUGUCAGAAAAUAUGUGGGAUCUGUUUUCCAGCACAAGUGA